AAGGGCUGCUUGCUUCCCAGAUUAUGGAUAGUUACCACAUCACCUUGGACAUGAUCCCGACCAAUAUGAUCGACUACAACACCACAGAAAUGGAUGGGAACUACUCGGACAAUAUCAAUGGCUUCUUGUGCCCCGACCAGGAGGUCACCUUCAGUCACCCUUACAGGAGGGUCCUGGUCCCCCUCAUCCAACUGCUGAUAUUCCUCCUGGGCGGGGUGGGCAACUUGAUGAUGAUGGUGAUCCUUUGGCGGUACCGGCGCUCGCGCAGCUCCACCGAGCUCUUCCUCUUUCACCUGGCCUUGGCGAACCUCCUGCUCGUGCUCACCUUCCCAUUUGGUGCGGUCGAGAGUGUCGCGGGCUGGAUCUUUGGGACCUUCCUCUGCAAAGUGCUGAGCGCCACCCACAGGAUCAACUUCUACAGCAGCAGCUUGCUGCUGGGCUGCGUCAGCGUGGACCGCUACCUGGCCGUGGUGCACGCGCUCCAGACCUUCCAGAAGCAGCGGGCCCCCUUCAUCCACCUCACCUGCGUGCUGGUUUGGCUGCUCUCCUUCCUGCUGACAAUGCCCGACCUGCUCUUCACGGAGGUCUGGCAGCGGGAGGACAACGCCAGCAUCUGCUACUUCAGGAAGCACGGGGCGGACAGCGCCAACGCACACCUGGCCACGCGCUUCCUGAACCACAUCAUGGGCUUCUUCCUGCCCUCGGGGGUCAUGUGCUUCUGCUACGCAGCCAUUGUGAGGGUCCUCUGCCGGUCCCAGCGCCUGCAGCGGCAGAAGGCGGUCAAGGUGUCCAUCCUGGUCACGAGCGUCUUCCUGCUCUGCUGGACUCCUUUCAACGUGGUCAUCUUCUGGGACACGCUCAGGCAGCUGCACGACCAGGGCUGUGCUGUGGAGGGCGGGCUGAACAGCGCCAUCACCGCCACCGAGCUGCUGGCCUUCAGCCACUGCUGCCUGAACCCCAUCCUUUACGCCUUCGUGGGCGCCCGCUUCCGCCACGACGCCUGCCGCGUCCUGCACGACCUGGGCUGCCUCAGCCGCAGCACCCUGCAGGAGAUCUUGGGCGCCGGCCGCUCUGACAGCACCACGGAGACCAACGUGACCGUCGUGCGGCACCUCACCUCACCGGGCACCGUGAACUCCCCUACAUCCUCGGACGGGCCGGGCCCCUUGGCUCCCCAAAGGGUCCCCAGUGGCCAGAGGGCCCAGCGGAGGAGCGUGGGGCCCGGUUUGGGCGAAGACAGACUCUAA